AUGGGAUGUAUUUGCUCAUAAUAAAGAAGAUAAAAUUCACGAGAACAAACCUUGAUAUUUGAAUCUUUAACUGAUAUUAAAGAUGACGAUGAUAUAAUGAUUAUGUAAAUAAAACUAAUAUAGCCAAAAUUUCUCUAUUAUCAUGUACUAACUUAAAUUUAUUUUUAACCAAUAGUAAAACAAAGAAAAGUCAGUAAAAGCUUCAAAUCGAUUCCUUGACUCUAAAACUUCUGAAUAAGGGAUUCAUUAAAAUUCAAAAAGGAAACUUAAAGGUAUCUUAAAACUACAAAAAUUUCCUAAAUAAAAGCCUUAUUCUUAUGAUUAGGUCAAAUGUGUUCGUUUUAACCUUAUUCAGUAAGAUUAAGAGCUUCAGGGAUAAAAUUUGGUAAAAUUGUCAAAAUUGCUUAACUAGAGAACUCUAAAUAAAGAAUGA